AUGCCUUCAAUGUCUUUUCCAUCUCUCGAAUUGCUCGAGCUACCCUUGUUUAAGCCUAUUCCGGACGAGUAUGUAGACCAUGACAGAAUCUAUCUCAGCUACCAGCGUGCUGCCGCUGUUAUGAAAGCUUACAAAUUGACACCGACGGAUGUCCUUGAAUGCACUCCAAAGUUCUGGAAAAUCCAUAUGGAUCUCGCUGGAGCUCUAGACUGUGGUUCAUUUACUCUACUAACCAUUCAAGUCAACCUUGCAGCAGGGACUUUGGCGCCCUUUGCAGAGAAACAACCGCAGUACCGAGAACUCUUAAAUCAGGUGUUGAACUUUGACAUUUCUGCACAGUAUAUGCUCACGGAAGUUGGACACGGCUUAGAUGCGAAGAAUUUGGAAACAACUGCAACACUGCUUCCAAGUGGAGAAUUUGAUCUGCAUACCCCUAGCCCUAGUGGUGCAAAGAUUAUGCCACCAUCUUCCCCACUAAAGGAUCUUCCGCGAUUUGGGAUUGUCUUUGCCCAGCUUGUAGUGUCCGGCGAGAAGCGUGGCAUCAGACCCUUUAUUACAUGGCUCAGUGAUGGCAAGCAGAUGUGUAAAGGUGUGACUGCAAAAUUGCUCCCCGCACGGGCAUCGUCGAAGCCAUUGGACCAUGCCAUUACAAGUUUUAACCAUGUCCGCCUACCCCAUUCAGCCCUCCUAGGAACCCUGGAUAUGCCAAAGGACAUGCGCCAGCACUUCUUAUCAACAAUCUGGCGCAUUGCAGUUGGUACUCUCGCAUUGCCACUAACCAUGGUUGCGGGGAUGAAACGAGGAGUUUUCGUCGCAGGGAAGUAUAGUCAGCGUCGACACAUUUUGGGACCAGAUCAGAAACCCAAGCCUAUUAUCGAUUUCCGGACUCAACACGGUCCCAUCCUGCAUACCUUAGCCCAGAUCGCUGUUCUCGAUGCUUAUACUGAAAGGAGCAUUGAAUACUUCAAAGACCCUACUUUGGCAUACCCCGUGCAACAUGCAAUGGCUACUACAUUCAAGGCUGUUGUGUAUACAUCGUCCCAAGCCUGCCUGUUUAAUCUCUCUGAGCGAUGUGGAGCACAAGGUUUGUUUGAGAAUAAUCAUAUUAUUGAGGCGAUGGUGGAAACGCGUGGAUUAUCAAUCGCAGAGGGAGAUACUCUAGUUUUGAGUAUUCGAUUGGCAUCGGAACUUCUCCUAAAUCGAUACAAAAUGCCACCUGCAAAGGACCCUACUUCCUACAUAGCACAGCAUGAACAAGGACUACUUGAUGAGCUUCACAGGAUGACCAAAAACAUUUCAGGUGGUCACCGUGGGGAGGAUUUCAAUCGCCUGAUUUUGCCAAGAUCCCAAGAGCUCGUUCAGGCUGUGGGGUAUCGCAUAGCCUAUGAAGCUGCUAUAGAGGCAGGAGUCCAUUCUGAAUUAGUGGCCCUAUAUGAGAUUUGGGUCAUUUUGCAGGAUAUGAGCUGGUUUGUUCAGCAUCUUGAUCUAACCCGUGAACGUAUUUUUGAGAUAGAAGCAGAAAGGCUCAGCGAUGUGUUGCCUCGGCUAGAUGCGUUGCUGGACGAUACUGGUGCCGGGCCCUACUGUACUGCACCUAUCAUAUCUCAGACAUCGUGGGAUAAUUUCCUCGGCCAGUUGGAAACCAUGACAAGAAGUGAUACAGGUCUCUCAGGGGACCGGGCCAUGCUCUGA